ACCGAAAGCGUAGAAGAAAUGUUACGCUGCACUGCCCAACCGUUUAAAAAUGUCACAAUUUAAGUAGUACUCAGCCCAAUUUUGAUCGUUACAUAACACAAUCAAACUUGGAAAAUCCGGCCCACGUUUUGAGGUCCAGCCAAUAUAUACCCGAUAUUAGGGUAAUAAACUCGAUAUAUCCUGGGCUCCGGUUCGUUUUCCUGAUGAUUUCUCAAGCUAUGUCGUGCGGCCAUGCAAGAUCAAGUUUAAUGUAAAGAGUUUGGUAGUAAUCAAGUCACAGCAUAAAUCAGAUUCACUAAUAUCAUAGUGAAAAAUGACUUCCCAGGCAUGGAGUAAGACAAGAAUCAAGAUAAUACUGCAUACCAAGCAGCCUGUUUCUGCGAGGACAUGUCUAUUCAGAUUUAGGCGCUACAUGUCUGCAGAGCAUGAUGGCAAGAUCAUUAAUAUUGGAGGUGUCAAGAAAACCCUGAGGACUCCACUCAACCCAGAGCUUGUUCCACGCAUUGUGGAGCUGUCGAGCACACAGCCGGUGCUGAGGACGCUGAAGUGGAUGCUGCAGAAGGAUCUGCUCGGUCAGGACAUGUUCCUGAUAGGGCCGCCCGGCCACCUGAGGCGCACCGUAUGCAUGAAGUACCUGCAGGUGACCCAGCGAGAGGUGGAGUACGUGGCCCUCUCUCGGGACACCACCGAGUCGGACCUGAAGCAGCGCAGGGAGAUCCGGGGCGGCACCGCCAGCUACGUCGACCAGGCGGCGGUGCGGGCGGCGACCCUGGGCCGGGUGCUGGUGCUGGAGGGCAUCGAGAAGGCGGAGCGGAACGUGCUGCCGGUGCUGAACAACCUGAUGGAGAACCGGGAGAUGCAGCUGGAGGACGGCCGGUUUCUGCUUAACCCGGCCAAAUACGACAGUCUACUGAAAGAGCACACGACGGCUGAGUUGGAGGCCUGGCGGCUGGUGCGUGUCUCGGAGCACUUCCGCGUGGUGGCGCUGGGCCUGCCGGUGCCGCGCUACAUCGGCAAUCCGCUCGAUCCGCCGCUGCGCUCCCGCUUCCAGGCGUACGACCUGCGCCCCUCGGCCGUGCCCUUCAAGGACACGCUGGCCGCACUGGAGUCGGUGGCGCCGCACGUGUCGCCCAAGGUGCUGUGCGACUUGCUGUCGUUUGCGCUGACCGUGAACGCACCGGAGACGGCCGAACUGGGCCUGCCCGACUUUCCCGUGGACAAUCUGCGCCGCGCCGUCCGCGUGCUGGAGGCGGUGCCGCCGCUGCCGGCACAGGAGGCCGUGGCCCGGCUGUACCCGCACCAGCUGGUGCUGCCGCGCGAGGCCCAGAAGCCGGUGGCCGACGCGCUGGCCACGUUCGACCUGGAGCCGCCGGCCGAACCGGACGUGCGCGUGGCGGAGGCGCCGGACUGCGUGCUGACGCCCUACCACGGCCGCCUGCUGGCCCAGCUGGUGGCCUCCCACGCCGCGCACGACAUCUGCCUGGUGGGGCCGCGCGGCUGCGGCAAGUCGGCGCUCGUCCGUCACCUGGCCACCCUGCUCGGCUACGAGACGGAGCCGGUCGUGCUCUAUCAGGACAUGACGUCACGGGACCUGCUGCAGCAGCGCGGCACCGAGUCCGACGGCGACACGGUGUGGCUGACGGCGCCUCUCGUCAAGGCGGCGCUGGAGGGCCGUCUGGCCGUGCUCGACGGCCUGCACCGCGUCCACGGCGGCACACUGAACGUGCUGCACCGACUGGUGCACGACCGGGAGCUCCAGCUGUACGACGGCACGCGCCUGCUGCGUCACGACCGCUACGAUGACGUCAUGGCCGAGCAGCAGCUGACGCCGCAGCAGAUGACGGAGCGCGGAGUGUGGAGGAUCCACCCGAGCUUCCGGCUGAUGGCCCUGGCGGAGCCGCCCGUCAUAGGCGGUGGCAAGGGCCAGUGGCUAACACCGGAAGUUAUGAGCAUGUUCAUGUUCCACUCCAUGAGGCCCAUGACGCUCAAAGAAGAAACGGAUGUGUUGGAGGCCCUGUGCGGCGAGCUGGGGCCGCCGGUGCGGGAGGUGGUGCGGUUCAGCCACGCGCUGCGCUCAGCCGAAGACCCCACCCUGCAGUCGCUGGCGGCCUCGCUCUCCACCCGCCAGCUGAUCCGCAUCAGUCGGCGCAUGCGCGCCUACCCGCACGAGGAGCCGCACGCCGCCAUCUACAAGGCCUGCCUGGCCAGGUUCCUGCCGCCGCUGGCGCGCCAGGCGCUGGACGACGCGCUGAAGCGAAUGAAGAUCGCGCCGCCGGAGGUGCCGGCCGAGGCGGCGCGCGUCUGUGAGGUGCGCGACGGCGUGCUGACCAUCGGCAGCACCUCGGCGCCCGUCUUCCGGCCGCGCGAUAAGGCCAAGGUGCCCGACACGCUCUUCUACGACAUUGACCAGCACACGGCAGUGCUAGAGGCUAUUUUGGAGGAUUUCACGCUCGGAGAGAACUUGCUGUUGGUCGGCAACCAGGGCGUGGGCAAGAACAAGCUGAUCGACCGUUUCCUGUUCCUCCUUAAUCGACCGAGAGAGUACAUUCAACUGCACAGGGACACCACGGUGCAGACGUUGACGGUGCAGCCGACGGUGCGGGACGGCCGGAUCGAGUACGAGGACAGCGCCCUGGUGCGCGCCGUCCGCACCGGGCACGUGCUGGUCAUCGACGAGGCCGACAAGGCGCCCACCCACGUCACUUGCAUACUCAAGACGCUGAGCGAGGACGGAGAGAUGACGUUGUCGGACGGCCGACGGAUUCGCCGCGGCGCUCCGUCCGACCAGCCAGACGUCAUCGCCAUGCACCCCGACUUCCAGAUGGUGGUGCUGGCCAACCGGCCGGGCUUCCCCUUCCUCGGCAACGACUUCUUCGCUGCCCUCGGUGACCUGUUCAGCUGCCACGCCGUCGACAAUCCGAGCGAGCACUCGGAGCGCAUGCUGCUGAAGCAGUACGGGCCCGACGUCCCCGAUAACCUGCUAGACAAGGUGGUGGCGUCGUUCAGCGAGCUGCGUCAGAUGUCUGACCAGGGCCUGAUCGCGUACCCCUACUCCACGCGAGAGGCGGUCAACAUCGUCAAGCACCUACAGCGGUACCCGGAGGACGGGCUGGCCAGCGUGGUGCGGAACGUCUUCGACUUCGACUCAUACAGCGUAGAGACACGCGACUCGUUGGCCCAGGUGCUGCACAAACACGGCAUCCCUAUCGGCGCCAGCGCCCGCAACCUCCACCUGGCCAAAGAGUGGAGGUUGCGGGCGCUGGCGCCGAUAGGGAUGCCGUGUUUGUGCAGCACCUGGGCCAACGAGUCGCGUGUCUCUACGCUGUAUGAGUCGAAGUCGAAGACGUUCCGCACCACGCUGGCCAGCCCGUCCUCCGGCGCCAGCACGGCGGGUGACCAGCGCUGGUCGCACGAGCGCUGGCAUCCGAGCGAGGACGUGCAGCAGAGCACGACUAUCCACGUGCCCAGCGCGGCCACGCGGCGCGCCUUCCUCACCUUGAGUAUGCAAGUGACGUGGGUGGGCGCCUUGUCGGCCUCGUCGAUGACCAGCACGUGCCCGGUGCGGACGGCGCGCACCAGGGCGCUGUCCUCGUACUCGAUCCGGCCGUCCCGCACCGUCGGCUGCACCGUCAACGUCUGCACCGUGGUGUCCCUGGAGGCACGGACAUUCAAGAGCGUGUCGGGCACCUUGGCCUUAUCGCGCGGCCGGAAGACGGGCGCCGAGGUGCUGCCGAUGGUCAGCACGCCGUCGCGCACCUCACAGACGCGCGCCGCCUCGGCCGGCACCUCCGGCGGCGCGAUCUUCAUUCGCUUCAGCGCGUCGUCCAGCGCCUGGCGCGCCAGAGGCGGCAGGAACCUGGUGAUGUACGAGCCGGGUGGCAGCCGACUCCAGGCGCUGGACCUGUCCGAGGGUGUCUCGGCCACCGUCACUCUGCCCAUGAACCUGGCCAGCCUGGCACUGGUGGCACCCCGUCACUGGCUGCUGGAGGAGGACAGCGAGCAGGCCAGGCGCUACGUACUGCGCGUGGCGGAGGAUCUCUCGGAGGCGACGCAGACUAUCAGCGCACCCUCCCGGCUGCUGGCCGACGCCCAGUCGCAUGCGGCGCUGGUGCUCGGCUUCCCGGAGCUGGAGGCCAGCGCGCACGAGGUGUACCGCUGGCCACGGCAGCCGGAGCGCGGCGGGGAGCGGCCGCGGCGCCCGCUCGACCCGCGCCACACCACUGUCGUCCAGCCGGAGACCGGACAGGUUAUCCGAGUGGUGACCCGCGGCGACCUGCCGGCCGAAGUGCGCAGCGACAUGCCCAAGUCGCCCUCGGUCGGCGCCUACCUGGAGGUCAGCGACCUGCCAGCCGAGGCGGUCAAGUACCUGCCCGUGCACUGCCCGACCACGCACCUGCACUACUACUCGUGGGCAUCGAGCAUCAAUAGCACGUCGGUGUUCGUGGCGGGCCACGGCGCCGGCGGCGUGGUGACCGUGGACACGCGCGGCGUGGUCCGGCUCUGGGAGACGGCCGCCGAGCAGCUGGCUCGCUCGGCCGCCGAGUGGGGCCGUCUCGUCGGCGACGACUCCCGGCCGGUCCAGCUGACGGUCGAACAGGAGAGCGGCAAAGACGUGAGCGAGCCCAAGCACGGCAAAGAGGACGCCACCAACGCGCCGCACGUGGGCGGCAACACCUGGGCCGGUGGCACCGGCGGCCGCGACACGGCCGGCCUCGGCGGCAAGGGCGGCCCCUACCGGCUCGACGCCGGACAUGACGUCACACAGGUGCCCGACUGGGAGAAGGAGGCGGUGCCCGAGCACGUGCGCCAGGCGGCCCGCCAGAUGAACCGCUCCGCCUACGAGGAGCGGCUCCGCCAGAUACGCAUGUCUGAGUAUGACGCCCAGAUGUACGACGGCAUGAGCGCCAACGUCCGCAAACAGGUGCAGUCGCUGCGUGUGCUCCUAUCCAGCCUGCAGGCCAAGGGCAAGGAGCGCCAGUGGCUGAAGCACCAGACGUCCGGCGAACUGGACGACGCCAAACUGAUCGAAGGCAUCACGGGCGAGCGCACCAUCUACAAACGGCGCGGCGAGCAGGAGCCCGAGCUCGGCACGCCCCAGGAGAAGCCCAAGCGGCUGAAGCUGGUCACCGACGUGUCCGGCAGCAUGUACAGGUUUAACGGGUACGACGGCCGUCUGGACCGCAUGCUGGAAGCCGCUCUGCUCGUCAUGGAGGCGUUCGAGGGUCACGAGGAGAAGUUUAAGUACGACAUAGUGGGUCACUCUGGCGAGGACCACCGGAUCGAGUUCGUGCGCAGCGACCGGCCGCCGGCCGACAACAAACAGAGGCUGCAGGUGCUGAAGACGAUGCACGCGCACUCCCAGUUCUGCAUCUCCGGCGACCGGACGGUGGACGCCACGCGCGACGCCAUCAGCAGCAUCGCCGCCGAGGAGAGCGACGAGGCGUUCGUCAUCGUGCUGAGCGACGCCAACCUUGAGCGCUACGGCAUCAGGCCGGACGAGUUCCGACGGGUGCUCACUGCCAACACCGACGUCAACACGUCGGCCAUCUUCCUCGGCUCGCUGGGUGACCAGGCAGACCGGCUCAGUGAUCAGCUGCCCGCCGGCCGCUCGUUCGUCUGCCUCGACCUGCGCCAGAUCCCGCACAUCCUGCAGCAGAUCUUCACCUCCGGCAUGCUGACCUGAGGCGACCCACGUCCGGUGUCCGGCGGCGUCCGGUGACCGGACACGGCUGUCUGGCGGACGGCCCACUGAGAGGCGGCUCGACAACCCACGUCCGGUGUCCGGCGGCGUCCGGUGACCGGACACGGCUGUCUGGCGGACGGCCCACUGAGAGGCGGCUCGACAACCCACGUCCGGUGUCCGGUGGCGUCCGGUGACCGGACACGGCUGUCUGGCGGACGGCCCACUGAGAGGCGGCUCGACAACCCACGUCCGGUGUCCGGCGGCGUCCGGUGACCGGACACGGCUGUCUGGCGGACGGCCCACUGAGAGGCGGCUCGUGCGCCGGCCGCCGCCGGCGCUGCUGUCGCUGGACCGUGCACCCGGGCUCAGAUUAGGCUCGAUCCGUCUUGCUGGCCUCUGGCCUGGAUGGCGAUUACAACCGGCUUGGGCGGGCCGGAUGUCAAGCAGGCGCCACGCCGCGCAGGACGGCACGUGGCACGUGCCCUGCGUCGCGCACGGCGCCGUCUGACGCGUGUUGACGCGCGACGGUCGCACGUGCUGGGAGUCGACACGUGUCGAAGCUGAUCCAGCGGCGUGGCCUGGUUUGCGUCGGUAGGCAAUCAGAGGUGUGAUGUGCCGACCAGCCUUCAUCCUUUUAUGCAAGAUGACACAUUGCGCUGUUCGGCCCGUCUGAGAUAGAAGAGCUGGACGUAAUUACUAGUGUGUGAUGAUGCUGGGUGUUACGGGGUUUGUUAGCGCUCAUGUGCGUGUGGUCCUACGAUCAUGGUGUGUCCGGUGCUCUGCGUGAUCGCGCGGCAGAGGGCUGCUAUAUCAAUCGCGCGCGACGGACGUGUACGGCAACGACGGGUAGCCAAUGCAAUAUAGGUCUAGAGCAAGGGUCUGACGAA